CCUCUUCUGCCUUUUUCUGUGGGGUUUAUAUACUGUCCCGCCCAUUUGUCUCACGACCCAGUUUCCCUAACCUUCCCCCUGAACCCUUGAGGAGUCUGUUGUUGUUUGUUUCCCGAGAAAAUGGAAACCCUUGUUUUCUGGGUUGGUUUGGCUUUGGAUCUCUUAGGAGUUCGAUGAAGCUUCUGGAAUCUAGGGUUCUAUAUGAAGCCAAUUCGAAGGAGGCGGCGAGCUCUGGCGUUUGCUGAUCACCAUCACCGACGUGACUGCGUUGGGUAAUCCAGCUCCGUUUCUUACGAGUGCAAAGACGAAACAGUCGUGAACUCCACCUGAGCUGUUGGGGGGGGAGAGAGAGAGGAGACAAUGGAAGCUCCACUGUUAACGACGUCGAAGAGAACAGAGGAGGAAGAAGAAGAAGAAGAAGAAGAGAGGAAAAAAAGAUGGGAGAAGCUGAAGAAGGUGGCUUCAAUGGCGGCUCCAAUGGUUGCAGUGAACAUAUCACAGUACCUUCUUCAGGGGACUUCGACGAUGAUCGUCGGCCACCGGAGUGAGCUUUCACUCGCCGGAAUCUCCCUCGGUGCCUCCUUCGCUAACGUCACCGGCUUCGGUCUCCUCUGUGGAUUGGCUGCUGCAUUGGAAACUCUAUGCGGCCAAGCGUAUGGAGCGAAACAGUAUCAUAAACUCGGAUCCUAUACUUGCACUUCCAUCUUCGUUCUUCUCCUCGUGUGUCUCCCGGUUUCUCUCCUCUGGAUUUUCGUGAAGCAGCUGCUGAUAUUGUUCCACCAAGACCCGGAGAUAUCUGAGAUAGCUUCUACGUUCUGCAUUUGGCUCAUACCGUCUUUAUUCGGUUACUCCAUUCUACAAUCGCUGGUUCGAUACUUCCAGUCCCAAGGGUUGAUCCUUCCUAUGGUUUUGAGCUCUUUCACCGCUCUGUGUUUCCACUUACCGCUUUGCUGGUUUCUGGUUUACACCCUCGGGUUUGGAGUCAAGGGUGCAGCCAUUUCGAUCAGCGUUUCUCAUUGGUUCAACGCUGUUUUUCUCUGGUUCUUCAUGAAACGCUCCCGAAAAUGUGAAGGAGCUCGAGUUCACAUAUCGGAUGAAGGGUUUGCCCACGUGAAGAUUUUCUUCCAGUUCGCUGUUCCUUCUGCUGUAAUGAUCUGCGUCGAAUGGCUGGCUUUCGAGGUUAUCACUUUACUGUCUGGUCUUCUACCAAACGCGAAACUAGAGACUUCGGUCAUUUCUGUAUGCCUCACAACCUCAUCUCUGCACUACAACGUGGUGAAUGGCAUCGGUGCCGCUGCAAGUACCAAUGUGGCUAACGAACUAGGAGCCGGGAAUCCAUCGGGAGCUCGAGCUUCAGCGUUUGCUGCAGUUAUGAUUGGAGCAGCUGAGUCGGCAGUCAUAAGCGUCGGUCUCUUCUUCUCUCGCCAUGUUUGGGGCUAUGCGUUCAGCAACGUGGAGGAAGUUAUCCGUUAUGCUUCUGAGAUAACUCCGGUUCUUUGCAUUUCCGUUGUCAUGGAUAGCUUCUUAGCCGUUCUUUCCGGGGUUGUAAGAGGGACAGGAUGGCAGAAGAUGGGGGCGUAUCUGAACAUCGCUUCGUAUUACCUUGUCGGAAUCCCGAGUGGGCUUCUCCUGUGUUUCGUUCUUCACGUCCAAGGCAAGGGACUUUGGAUUGGUCUGCUCUCGGGAUCCACUCUUCAGAGUCUAAUCCUUUUUCUUAUCAUUGGAUUCACCAAUUGGACCAAAGAGGCGAUCAAGGCUAGGGAGAGAAUAUUUGAGAAGACGGUUAUUAGGGCACCGUGACUCAUUUGGUUGUUUGAGGAAGAAGAAAGAAACGAUGAUAGCUUUACAAAGCCCUAUUUCUUUUUAAAUUUUGAAGUAACCAAGGUGAUUUUAUUUUAAUUUAUUUUAUUAUUGUUGUUAAGCCACGACUAAGUUUAUUAUUGCACAAUCGUGUACUCAAAUAUCAAAAAGCUGCAAGGGAAAGAAAAUAUUCAUAUAAUUAGCCCGAUCCAGACAAAUCUUCAAGGAAGGAGAAGGAUGCAUCAAUGGCGGCUCCAACGGUGGUCGUAAACAUCUCUCAGUUCCUUUCUUCAAGCGAUGAUCGUCGGCCGCCGGAGCGAGCUUUCCCUCGCGAGCUCCUUCUCUAGUCUCACGGGUUUCGGUCUUACUCGUAAGAGCCUCCAAUCCCUUCUCUUCCUUCGAUCCAGCUGGUCAGAGUUAUUGGGUCGUAUCGUUGUGGCCCUAGACCCUGUUUUUUCUUCCCGACAGCCAUGAAUGGUCGGCGUUCGAGAUU